ACACCUGUCGUCAGCUACGAUCGAUCCGAAGCUCGAUAGCUAGCUUAGCUCUGAAUAGCUCCGACCUCAUCACUCUCCGUAGCUGCGAUACCUUGCUACUAUUGCAGUUAUUUCCGGGAAUCCCAUUUCGAAACAUUCGACAGUAUCGCUCGCGCAAAGCAAAUCUCAUCACGGAAAUUCCUCGUCGCAACAAUGAAGUUCCUCCCUCUUCGCAAACUCGACCCGAUAAAUCGCGCGUUGGUGUUCGACACCCACGAUUGUCGCGUCAUCGGCGGCUGCGAAAUAUACACGACAAAGGCCGCUGGCGGCGAUAAAAAGCUGUACAAGUCAAUCUCAAAUACUUUGACUUCUCGCUACGAGACAGACCUGCGACUCUCCGAGGAGUUGUCACCACCCACGGAUUCGAAGCUGCAGAGUAAGGCUGUAUACCAGACCUUGCACUCGCCAUUCGGACCGCUCGACCAGGUCUCGGCUAGGAAGACUUUCGCGUACAUGAUCGCGACACUGAACGCUUCACACCCCGACUACGACUUCUCUAGUGUUCUCCGGCCCACCGAUUUUCGGAGGGAGAAGAACGUGCGCACCGUCAUCAACACGUUCAACACGACGCUAUUCAACCUCGGCGUGAAUGUCGGGAAUACCAUACCCCGCAUGUGGGAUACGAUAGACUCCGAGAUGGAUCUGACGGAUUGCAACAUCUACUCGUACUCACCCGACAACGUAUCGGACGAUCCCUACGGCGAGGAGGGAUUGAUCUGGAGCAACAUCUAUUUCUUCUUCAAUAAGAACAAGAAAAGAGUGUGCUACCUCUACCUCCGCGGCAUCUCAGCGCUCAGUCACUCUCCGGCUGAAACGGGAGUGUGGGGUCUCAACGGUGUCAGGAGCGGCACAAUGGGAGAGUCCGACAGCGGCGACGAAGCAGAUAUGUGGUCAGACAGCAAGAGCAUCUGGGGCGAUGACGGCGGAUACGACGAUAUGGUUGAAGGAAUGGAGAUGUGAGAAACAUGUUCCAUGUGAAGGUCAGGGAAUGGGGUGGCGUUCUGCUUGAUUUGGGUUGGACGCUACCAUUGAGUGCUUGCUUUCUU